GAUCGGAGCUAUCGAGUGAUUACAGAGACCGGGGGUGAAUCUCGAGAUCGCGGUAUCUCAGUGGAUAGCAGGUGCUCAAGAUGGGCUCGUUCGCGAUCAGGAGGGUGGCGUGUGCAAGCGCGAGCCUGGUAUUCGUAAUGCUACUAGCGAGCGGUGACGCCGCGUUGGCCAGGACCGCGUUCGAGAAGCUCACCGACUACGAUUACCGCGGCACCACCUAUUACAGCGUGAGGAAUCUGUCGUUGUACGAGUGCCAAGGAUGGUGCAGGGAAGAGCCGGAGUGUCAGGCCGCCGCGUUCUCGUUCGUCGUGAAUCCCUUGGCGCCGAUGCAGGACACUCUCUGCCAGCUGCAAAACGAAACGGCCGCCACGAACCCGGCCGCGCAGCCUCAGAGGGCCGCCAAUAUGUACUACAUGACGAAAUUGCAGAUCAGAUCCGAGAACGUCUGUUUGCGGCCGUGGGCGUUCGAGCGCAUCCCGAAUAAGAUGAUCCGCGGCUUGGACAACGCGCUCAUUUACACCUCCACAAAGGAGGCCUGUCUCGCGGCCUGCUUGAACGAGCACCGUUUCACCUGCCGAUCCGUCGAGUACAAUUACGUGACGCUGCAGUGCCACCUGGGCGACUCGGAUCGCCGGACAACGGGGCAAUACGUUCAAUUCGUGGACGCGCAGGGGGUGGAUUAUUUUGAGAAUUUAUGCCUGAAAGGUAAAGAGGCCUGCAAGUCUCAGAGGAUCUUCCAGAUGCCCAGGAUUGGCGUGGCGGACGACAAAGUGGCGCAGUACGCCGGCCUGCAUUAUUACACCGACAAGGAGCUGCAGGUUCAGAGCGAGUCCGCCUGCCGAUUGGCCUGCGAGAUCGAGAACGAGUUCCUCUGCAGGUCCUUCCUCUACCGCGGCGCUCCUCAGGGCUCGGCUUACAACUGCCACCUGUUCCACUUGGACCACUGGACCCUCCCGGACGGACCCUCGACGUACCUGAACGCCGAGAGACCCUUGAUCGACAACGGGGAGCGCGUCGGCACCUACUUUGAGAACUUCUGCGAAAAGGGUACCGGCCCGAUAGCGGAUCCAUUGCCCAUCGUUUUCGAGACCACCGAAGACCCCACGAUCAACAAUCUCACCAGAAACGAUAUUAACUGCGACAAGACCGGGACUUGUUACGAUGUGUCGGUCGAUUGUAAAGAUACACGAAUCGCCGUUCAGGUUCGCACUAAUAAGCCAUUCAACGGGCGUAUCUACGCCCUCGGACGCUCGGAAACGUGCAAUAUCGACGUUAUCAACAGCGAUCUAUUCAGGCUGGAUCUCACGAUGAGCGGGCAAGAUUGCAACACCCAGAGUGUGCGUGACGGUUUUCAGACUGGGAUCUACUCGAACACGGUCGUGCUGCAACACCAUUCCGUGGUGAUGACAAAGGCCGACAAAAUCUACAAAGUUAAGUGUACAUACGACAUGUCCUCGAAGAAUAUCACCUUCGGUAUGAUGCCGAUCAGAGACCCGGAAAUGAUCAGCAUCACGAGCGCGCCGGAAGCGCCGCCGCCGAGGAUCCGCAUCCUCGACAGCCGAUCGCGCGAAGUCGAGACGGUGCGCAUCGGCGACAAAUUGACCUUCAGAAUCGAAAUCCCGGAGGACACCCCAUACGGCAUUUUCGCUCGCAGCUGCGUAGCCAUGGCAAAGGACUCAAAAAGCACGUUCCAGAUUAUCGACGACGAAGGGUGUCCCGUCGAUCCUUCCAUCUUCCCCAGUUUCACGCCCGACGGUAACGCUCUGCAGUCCGUGUACGAGGCUUUCAGGUUCACCGAAUCUUACGGCGUGAUUUUCCAGUGUAACGUGAAGUACUGUCUGGGACCGUGCGAGCCGGCUGUUUGCGAAUGGGGCCGCGAAUCCGUGGAGUCGUGGGGCAAGAGGCGCAGGAGGAGCCUCGCGAACUCGACGGAGGAGAAGGCCGAGGACAUGACUCUGUCGCAGGAGAUCCUGGUGUUGGACUUCGGCGACGAGAAGCAGUCGGACUUCCUCAAGAGCGACGCCAGCAUAGACUUUAACGAAGCAGACAAAACAGUGACCAUCGUGGAGCCGUGCCCGACGAAAACCUCCGUGCUGGCGCUCGGGGUGACGUGCGCUCUGCUGGUGCUCAUCUACAUCUCCACGAUCUUCUGUUACUACAUGAAGAAGUGGCUGACGCCUCGUAAGAUGAUGCCUUAAAGGGCGAGGAAACAUUCACCCCCGCGUGGAACGCGAUCGCGAAAGCAAAUAAGGAAGACGAUAGCGAGGAGUGCGAGAGUUCGCAGACAUGUACACGCAUACACACACGCAUUCACGCGUACCACACAUGAAUCCACGCGCAAUAAAUACACACACAUACAGUCACACUCAUAUACGGUAAGUUAUCGAAAGAUUCAUACGCAGCGACAAUCAUUCGCUCUCUCAUCCCUAUUGUAUCUUCAUUCUCAUUAUAUCUCCACCGGCUUGAAACCGGCUCGUAGGCGGGCAGACGGAAGAAGAAAGAAUCGUCGCUUCGCAAGGCGGGUCAAUCGCGGCAUUGUGACGCGCAAUUGAAUUGCACCUAAUGCGAUCGGUAUUCCGCGCUAUCGGCGACGAUCGCGGGGAUCGGUUGUGUAAUGUAUCCGGGCGAGUACCGGCUCCACAUCGGUAACACUGACGCACACGGUUUCUCGGAGUACGGUUAGUUGGUAUAGGUCGACGCUUCCGACGGAGUCAUUCGGGGGAGAUUAAUAAUAGAUCGUCUCGAAAAUAAGUUUACGCGCGCACAUAUGCACACGCACACACGGACAGGCACUAAUGCGCGCACAAAAGACUACCGACUGACGUGAGGAAGAUCACAAGGAUCUCUUGUACCAUAUGUCGAAAGUAAACACCUACACAUAGCCGCAACAACGACUGCGAUAGCGACUCGACGUGUCUCGAAUUGAUUUUUAACCGAGGGGUAAAAAAGCUCACGAAAGGACGUGUCCCGACUCUUACGGUCCCAUGUAGCGCAAAUGUUCGAAAGACAUUCUGUAGAGACGUCCCAGAAUGUUCGAAUGUCCCCGAAACGUCUCUGGGAUGCCUUUCGAACAUUUGUGCUGUAUGUGGUGGCGGAUCAAUAUCUGUAAUAAUAUUGCCGCAAUUAUAUCAAUCACGGAGGGGGCUCUCUGGUGGGAAAUAGCUCGAGUCUAACGCGAUAUUGCAUACGUUUGGCGCUAAUGAAACAUUACAUCAGACGUGGCGAGGUCUCCGACGUGCACAGUCACUCUUUGGCUGGGCGCGUUCAGCGACUAUGUAUUCUUGGCGCGCGCGCAAAUCGCGCUUGGAAAUAUUGUUGAAAUAGCGAUCGCGCUGUUGACACGGUUUGUCUUUACGCGCGCCCGAGCGAUUGAAAUUUCUCGGCUCGCGCGCGCGUCCGACUUCGAGGGUGUUUAUCGCAAAGUUGGCGAGCGACUCUUUUUCGCACACGUACAUACACGCGCGCGUACAGACCCACGUAGGCACACACACACACACACACGCACACACGUAGGCGUACACGCAUGCAUACGGGACAUGAAUCGCGAAGCUCACUCGCGACCAAGACCACCAUGAAUGCAACGAGAGUAGACUUUAUUUAAGAAUAUUCUUAGAAAACAGCUAACUGUCUCAUCCUCUAGCGGCUACUUCUGAUAGGGUUGCAAAAAGAACAGGAUGGAGCGCGCGAGUAUUGACUCGCCGCGUCGCUCGAGGCGAAAUUUCCGGUAGCUCGUAGACGGUGGACGCGACCCCUGGUUGCUGUUUUCGUUCCUCGGAGAUCGAUUUGUAACCCGCAUCAAGACUAGCGGUAUUUAAAGGUUCACGCUUCACUAACGUCUCUAACGAUACAAGUAGCGUUAAGAUAGCGAUUAAGCAUGUAAGCAUAGACAAGAGACGGAGAGAAGGAUAAAGAGAGGGAGUGAGGGAGGGGGCGAAAGAGAGGAGGAGAAGGAAGAGGAUGAAAAAGAGAAAAACGAACGAGAGAAGACACUUUCUUCUAUUCCAGCGGAUUCUCGAAGCGGCUCGUACUUUUUCAGAUCAAUAAAUUCAUCGUAGAAUAAAAGGGACACAUUUUUUCACAGACCGUAAAAAAGUCGUUGCACCAAAACGCGCUUAACGGUGUAGAAUAUCGAUCGUAACGUAGCUCGUUAUUUAACGGUGUUGGAAUUAGUCGUAUAGCGACGACAGCGGUGGUCGAGCAAAAAAAAGAGGAAGAAAAGUCUAGCUUAAAAACUAAUCGAGAUAUUGAUCUCUUGGAAGUAGCCGCCGAAGAAACUGCCCUUUCGGCAUUUCUGAAGGUACCACCACCACCACCACCAUUCUAUUCAGUGAAAUUUGUGAAUGAAUGGGAGGAACACCCGAAGCGUUCGGCUACCUGACUGUAGAUUGCUUUCUGCGCGUUUAAUACCUGAAGCUCGAGGCGCUCUCGGGAUUUUAGCCGUGCGGAAGUACGUAUUAAGGUAUACUCAAGGCACGACGUAGUGCAACGGCGACGCGUAUGCGGCCGAAUAUUAAUAUAAUCCUCUAAGGACAAUCAUAUUUUUCUCAGUUUAUCAGCUCCACUCAAUCAAUGAAUAUUCGCUGCGAGUAGAUUCCGCCGAACGCUCUCUUCCCGCCUCGGUUUUCCACUUUGACAAAGUCUCUCAUAGAACUUUUGCUUUCGUGGACCGUUUCUUCGUCACCAUAAAAUUUUCUUUGUCUUCGUACAGCUCCUUCGAAGAUAGUAAGGAAUUUUCUGACACAUCCUUUGGGAGUGGAUAAGAUUCUUUUAUAUGUAUUCUAUCUGAAUCGUCGAGUGACCUUUGGAAACGUCGGGGCUUCUAUUAAUAGUCGUUACUGAAAACUCGUCUCAAAUGAGACACUCAGAUUUGAAUUCAGAGUCAGAUGUGAAUGUUUCAGUUGAAUCGCCAUUACAAAUAGAACGUCACGUGCAUUGUAAAAUUUCACUGAAAGACUCAGAUCUGAAUUUAGUGCUGGAUAUUUUUUGCGCGGAGUAAAUUUCAAUCAAAGACUUAAUACGGAGCUACGAUAUUCGGUGAAAGCGGCUGGGAAGAGUGUUCGGCGGAGGAAGAUUCGCUUCUCACACAAGUAGACGUUAUCGUAUCCGCUUCGACUUCUUCAGUUUAUUACUAAGCGACUUAUAGGCGAUAAAGUAUGCAUAACCGUUCCUCCGGGGAUAUUAUGACGACGUAUUAAUCCGACACGACGAGCGAUUCCUCUCGCGAUAGAGACGUUACGUAAUGAUCCAUAAACAACAUGAAUUGGGUGGAGUAAAUUAAAAUUUCUGGUUAAGGUGCUUGCUACAUGCGGGGGUCAGACUCUCGGAAUUGAAUAUUCUUCGGAUGGAAACGCGGCACGGGUAGAAAUAGGAUCACGAGGAGAGACCGGCCGACGGCUUCAUUAUCGAAGUCCGUUGAAUCGAGCGGGGAAAUCAUUUCCACAAAUUCGGCGCUUCUCUCGACGAAGCUGCCGGCUGGCCGAAGAGGGAAAGAACGUUUUCGCGCUCGCGCCGCAUUAAAAUCCAUCCGGAAACGAAACGUGUGUGGCCCCUUGCGGUUUAAACGAAAACCGUCUACAAAUGUAUAUAUUAUUAAGGCGGACUGCAGUAGACACUGAGAGAAGAACACACACAUACGCAUCAACAUGCAUCAAUCACAUAUAUUU